AUGGCUUCAUAAUCUCAAAAAAAUCGUUCUGAAAAUAAAAGAGAUACACUUUAAUUUAUUUAGCGACAUAGUUAAAGUGCAUAAAAAUUUAUAGAAAAUAAAGAAAAUGAAAAUCAAUAAUUCUUAAGUAUUGACAAACAAAAUAUUAAUUGUAAAAUAAGAAGUAGUAUUUUGACGAUUGAAACAAUAAGUAAUAAAAAGUAAUGUGAAAUAUUAAAAUUAAUAAAACCAGGUAGUAAUAAUUAUGUAGAAUUCAUUGUGUAUGAUGAUGAAGAAGUAGGAAUAACAAAAUAAUUUUCUGAUAAACUUUAAGAAGCAUAUGAUAGAGAUGAUGAUGUUGAAACAACAGAUAGUGUCUAAAAAUAAUUAUAGGAUAUAUGUUUAAAUGAUUUAGAAGAGGGUAUUCAACAAAAUUUAAGUGAUAAAAAUAAAAGGGUUAUUAAUUUAAGAAGAAUUCGAUAACAUUAUAAUGUACUUGAGAGUAAAAAAGAGAUUAAAAAAUGA